UCCCAGCGUGGCUCCGCCCAGGAAGCGGGUACGGCCGAUGACCCACAUUAAAAAGUCAUCAUCAUCGUCGGCAGCAUCGUACUACUUGGCCGUCUGGACGCUCAGAGAGGAAGAAGAAGCAGAUGAAGAAGAUGGUGAAGCUGAUGGUGCUGCUGCUUCAGGCUGCGUGGGUGUUGACAGUGGCAGCAGACCCGCUGAGGGUGGAAGGCCAACCGGAUGAUGGCGGCGGUGCGGACACCCUUAGCCACUCUCUGGUGCUGGUUCAGCGCUUGGAGGCUAUUUUCCUCCAAGGCAACGGCAGUGACGUGACGCUGCGGGUGGAGACGCCCGAUGCUGACGAGGUCAAACUGUUGGCGGUCCACUCCCUGGUUCUGUCGCUGCAGAGUCCUGUUCUGGAGGAUAUGCUACGGGUGCGAAACGGCAGCACGCUCACACUGCGCGAGAGUCCGGAAUGCGCCGCAGUCUUUGAAAAGUUCAUCAGGUACCUGUACUGCGGCGAUCUCUCCCUGAGACUGGAGCAGGCCAUCCCGCUUCACCGCCUAGCCAGCAAGUACCAGGUGUCGGCGCUGCGGCGGGGCCUGACGGACUACAUGAAGUUCAACCUGGCCCGGGAAUCACCUUCGGGCCACGUGGCGGGCUGGUACGAGUAUGCGUCGGAAGCUGGCGACACAUCCCUGCGGGACGGCUGCCUCCAGUACUUGGCCUGGAACCUAUCCUCCGUCCUGCGGAGCAGUGAGUGGACCACCGUCAGCUCUGGGCUGCUCAUGACGUUGCUGCGCCGUUCCGAUCUGGUGGUGCAGAGCGAGAUGGAGCUCUUCGCCGGACUGGAAGAGUGGAUCUCGCACAACAGCCCUGACGGGCUGACGGCGGAGAACGCGUUGAGGGCGGUGCGCUACGCAAUGAUGCCGCCCCGAGAGCUUUUCCGCCUCCAGAGCCGGUCGGCCGUUCUGGCCCGCUACCGGGAGUCGGUCCGCGAUCUUCUCUACAUGUCGUACCAAUUCCACGCCGCCUCCCCGGUGCACAUGGCCAAGUACUUUGACGUCAAUUGCAGCCUCUUCGUGCCCAGGAACUACCUGGCCCCGCUGUGGGGGUCCUCCUGGGUAGUUGGCAAUCCCACCCGGGACGACCGCAGCACCAGCUUCCAGACGCAGCUCGGGCCCAGCGCGCAUGAUGCCAGCAAACGGGUGACCUGGAACGUCCUGUUUUCGCCCCGCUGGCUGCCACUCAGCAUGAGGCCCAUGUUCACGGACACGGGCGCCAUGCAGCCCACGCGGAUCGAGGGCGGGCGCCCCCGCAUCAUCGUCACGCCGGCCACUUCCAGCGCCGACUUUGCCGGCGUCAGCUUCCAGAAAACGGUCCUGGUUCUGGCUCAGCGGCGUGGCCGACUGCUGGUCAAGCACGUCUACGACUUCCACCAGAGCACCGAAGAGAACGGCGACUUCCUGGCCGAUGCCGACCUGCACCGACGGACCUCCGAGUACCUGGUGGACGGGUCCCUGGUACUCCACGUGGUGGUCAAGCCCAUGUACCAGAGCCUCGUCACUGGCAAGAACUGACGGCGCGCCGACCGCAAGCACCCACCCCCUGAUUACAUUAUCUUAUCUUUACGUCUACGUAUAUUGUCAGUCAUUGAGAUUGCCGCAUUUAAUGAUUUUAAAGCAACACUUGGUAACUUUUCAACCAAUAUAAAAUAUUUUUAUAAUAGUUGUGAUAAUAUGUCGACUGACAACUACUGUAGUUGAAUGACACCACUUUGAGGAGAAUGGCAGGAACCGUGCCACACAAAAAAACCCUACAAAUGUGCUGACUGCUUUACGGCAUACGUUCAUACUUCAAUGCGAACGAUUUCUCACAAAUUCUUCAAAGUUGGCAGAGCAACAAGAGACAAAAAGUUUUGUCUGAGGAGGAAAAAACAGAGAAAAAGAGAGGCUACCAGGAUAUACAGAAUAUAGCCCCCACCCCUCAACCGAACUCAUCAGUUUUUAGCCACACGGUUGCUAACCGUCAUAUGCUAUUGUUUAGCCACAGCUGGAUUAAUUACCUUAUUUCUAUAUUCAUCCUUCACACAGCUUCUGGAAACAGAAAUGUUGUUUAAUCAAUCUGCAGGUAACCCGGAGAUUGAUUUUUGAUUGAUUGAUGAUUUUACAACACUGCGCAGGUGUGCGCUGGUCCUUAUGGGAAACGCAGUCUUCCUUAACCCCUUCAGACACGAGCAUGCUGCUGAAGGACAUGACGUGUUCGCGUUGUUGAAUCAAUAAAUACACUGUAUUUAGUUGCUAUAAAAGAUGUCCCGAUCGAUUGGCGUCCCGGGGUCCGAUCACGCCAUUUUCAAAGUAUCGGAAUCGGCAAAAAAUUAUCGGACAUGACUUUAAAAAAAAAAAAAAAAAAAAUUUAAAUUGUUUUCUAAUUGUAUUUAACGUCACAGACAAAAUGUCUUACACUCAUCCAGAGUAGUUUUGGCUUAAAGUCGGGCUAUCAAAUUUAUCACGUUAACGGCGGUAAUUAAUUUUCUUUAAUUAAUCACGUUACGUAAUUAACGCAUGCAUUGCACGACCCACUCACGCAUUGUCGCGUUCAAUCUAUAAUGACGCCGUUUUACCUAUAGAUAGCAUUAAAAGGCAGCGUUUAAUGAGUAGAGAGAAUUUUGACAGCCUUUGAAGCCAUUUUAUAUGUAGCUAAAGCCUUACAAUACCUCUCUCAGCAAUUAAAUAUAACGUGGGAAUGUGGGGAAGAAAGGUAGAAGUUGAUCAUUUUCUUAACACCCUAUGUUCUUUCCCAAAGCAGAGAAGAUAUAUCAAUUGGUAGCCCUACGCACAGUCAUGGUUGCACUUCCCAUCAUGCAUUUGUGCAGAAGUUAAAUGGCUGCAGUAUCAUUUACUGAAAGCUCAACAAAUACACUAGAUGGCAAUAUUUAGUCACAAUAUACAAAGUCACAUUUAUCCUUUAAGAAUUACAAGUCUUUCUAUCCGUGGAUCCUUCUCACAGAAAGAAUAUUAAUAAUGUAAAUGUCAUCUUGAGGAUUUAUUGUCAUAAUAAACAAAUACAGUACUUAUGUACUGUAUGUUGAAUGUAUAUAUUUGUCCGAGUUUUGUUCAUUUUUUACUUAAUGCAUUGCCAAAAUGUAUAUGAUCGGGGAAAAUUAUCGGGAAUGAUUGGAAUUGAAUCGGGAGCAAAAAAAAAAGCAAUCGGAUCGGGAAAUAUCGGGAUCGGCAGAUACUCAAACUAAAACAAUCGGGAUCGGAUCGGGAGCUAAAAAACAUGAUCGGAACCACCCUAGUUGCUAUUGCCACUUCCGGGAGAUGAUUGGACAAAACUUUACCCAUCGAAAUCAAAUUUUUGGCUCUUUGAAAACGGCUGAGACAAAACGCAACUUCAAAAAGGCAAACGUAAGUGCUCGUUUCUCAUAAAAACAAUGUAACAUUAACAUUAAAAAUAACAAAUAAAAGCAUGAAAUAUCCCAGACCAAAAAAUUGCACUUUGUUCUGGUAUUUGAGUAGAGUAGAAAUCAGCGACAAUUUGUUUUUUUUGCCCAGCAGAAAAAAUCCGGGUCUGAAAGGGUUACCGCAUUUGUCCACUGGGGUCGCUAAAAUCAACCAAAACUGAAAACCUACCAAGUGUUGCUUUAAAUGUAAAGCUCCAGGAGCGACUGUGUCACAAUAAAAAUACUCAUUGUCUGCUUACUCAUUGAAUUCAUUGGUUGAAGAACCCAACCAGUAUCACAUUAACCUAUCAGAGAAGGCUGUCGAUCAUUUGCCUCCACUCAUUCAUGGAAGUAUUUUUCCCCUUUUGGAGGGGAGAUUUGACAUCUUUUGUCAUCAUGUUGCGUCACUCGUCUCCACCUUAAGGAUGGAAAUUUCAAAUCAAGUGAAGAUUUAUUAUUGUCAUCUUUGUGCUCUCUUUAUGUUGUUGUUGUUGACUUCCUGCCACGUUGUGUUGCCUCUUAAACAAAUGGUGCUAUUAACUUUAUAGUGUUCCUUAAGUUUCAUCUCUUUAGACACUUAUUUAUUUAACAUUGCACUUGAAACUUUCUCCGAAUAUUACAAAAGGAAAAGAACAAGAAUAAACUUUCAUUUAA